CAACCAACAUUAAUUUUCUUUACUUAUCAUUCACCAUUAUUUUUCUCAACUAAAGGGGGAGAGAAAUCGAGAGAGAGAGGAUGGAAUCUCGAAAACAAGAAAGAAGCGUGAAGGAGAUGAAAGUAGUCACUAAGAUCAUAGCAUUGGCAUCCAUUUUCUCUUUUAUAGUACUAUCUUACUCUUCCUUAAUCUCUUCUCUUCAACAAAGACUCCAUUUGCUUUCUAUGUAUAGCAACCUUGUGGACAAGAAGUACAUGUUCUUGUUAUGCAAUGGGAUUGUGUGCUUUAUCGUGGGGAGUUUCCGUGGGAAUUCUGAAUCUUUUUCGCACGGUAAAGCUUUUAACAUCGUUGAACAAACGAAAGAAGUAAGGGUCAAAGACAUGAGGGAAACAAAAGUCAAGAAAGUAGUGGCACUACUUGAAGAAGAAAAUGUUUCUAAAGAAGAAGAAGGAAGAGUUGUUUUAUUUAGAGGAGAAGAAGUUGCAUUGGUUGUUAAGGAAGAUGAAGGAAUAUUAGUACAAGACCUCGCUAUCGUUAGAAUGGAUAGUUAUCAUGAUGACGAUGAGACUAACGAUAGUUUAUUAAGUUCCGAAGAUUUGAACAAGAAAUGUGAGGAUUUCAUCAGGAAGAUGAAGGCAGAGAUUCGAUUCGGCAAGACAAGCAUAUAAUUUUCUUAUUCCCGGAUAGAUGACUUUUUAGAGUUUAGUUAAACUAUCUUUAGUAUUCAUAUUCGGCAGGAGAAGUAUAUAAUAUUCUCUCUUACAACGAAUGGAUUCUGUAUUUUUGGUGCCCAGUUUUAUGUAUGUGGUCACUUUGUUUUUCUCCCUUCAAUUCCUAUAUUUCAAUCAUAUGAAUCCAUGCAACAUAAUGCUUUCUAUGUCAA